AUGUCUCAGACUUUCACGCCUGCCGACGUCGCUUCCCACAACAACGCCGACAAAGGCCUUUAUAUCAUCAUCGACAAGAAUGUGUACGAUGUGACCAAGUUCGUGGAUGAGCACCCCGGGGGUGCAAAAAUCUUAAAGCGUGUCGCGGGUAAAGAUGCUAGCAAGCAGUUUUGGAAGUAUCACAAUGAGGGUGUGUUGAAGAAGUAUACGCCAAAGCUGAAGAUUGGGGAAGUGAAAGAGGCUGCAAAGCUGUGA